CGUAGCUGUCUUGAUCUGUGUAUCUUCCAGCCAAUGUAAAGCUAUGACUAUAGCAAUCAACUCUGUUCCCACUUCUAGCAAAUACAGGUUGACUAAAGGCAUUUAAAUAACCACGGUGGAAGAGUAGACAUUGGCACUGCAUCACAUAUGCUUCCUAUUUACUAAAUCCAUUGUUUGUGCCAUUUCUUCAGCUAUCCAACCAAUGCUUUUUCUCAGCCAAUGCUCUGGACCAAAAGAUGGACUAAAUGAUGGAUUCGCCAAUCAGUGCGUUUCAACUUUUAGAACUGUGGCAAAAUAAUAAAGUGCAUCCUUCAUCACAGCAAAAUAAGAUAUAUUCAAAUAUUGGUUCUGUACAGCAAUGUCUGCACUUAUGCAUGUAUAAAAAUACUUCUUUUGACAUUUAUUAACAUAUUUUUUUCCUAAAAAGAAUUUUAACGUCAUAAUAAAAUGCCAGACGUUACACAAAAAACUAUAUGCCUGAGAAAAUUGUACCACUAUAAUUGUGACUGCACAAAUUAUUGGGCCAGAUUUUCAUUUGUUAUUUUAAAUGUAAAUUAUUUUAAUUUUUUAACAACCUCGUCUGUCAAGUCAUUUAAGCACAGGCUUUUAUAAGCUCAACAUAUUUUUAAAGUCACCAUGCAAUCAAACAGGAAAAUUCUAAGUGUUUUACACAGUGUUGCAGUGAUUAUUAUAACUGAUUUAUCCAUGCACACCAUUUUUUUAAAUUAAUUUGCACUUGUAAUCUUUAGUCAAAAACGUUAAGCUCCUCCCCCCCUCUCAACAACAACUCUUGACCACAUGACGUCGGUAACAAAAAAGAGGUAGCACUAUACUGACUGUCCAAUGGCCAGGCAUUUUUUAGCCCUCCCCUGCAAGCCCAACUUAAAAUAAACCAAUCAAAAGGAAAGGGCAAAAUAAAGUCCCAUCCUACUUUUUUUUCUAAUUUCAGAAGCCGUUUCACUUAGAUACACGUCACGAUACGAUACGGAAUGGAAAAGAAGUCAAUCGCAACUUCCGUUUCAUGGUGUGUUGUGGGAAUGUUACUUAUAUGUAGACAUGUUUUGUUUUAUGAUCAGCCCAAACAAAAGUGCAAAAAUUCAACAGAUCAAAGCCGGCUAGUGUACAAUAUCGCAGUGUUCAUUUCAGAUUUGUGUGUUUUGUGAAUAAAUUGACAAGUGAGCACUGCCUUAUUUUAUAUAAAACGCAAACUCUCAUUUUUUAGAAUAAAGAAUGAAACAUGUUUAAACCCCAACUGCAUUAAUAGUAUGCUAUAAAGAAAAAACGUCUUAAUGGUGCCACGUUUUAUACUUUUGUUUAAACACCGUUUAGAAUGAAACUUGUUGAUGAAACGGUAUUUCCCUAAUUUGGCAAAUAAGGGACAUAAAAAGGUCAUUUAUUCCUAAAUGCAUUUUUGACUAAUCCUCCAACUGCUUUUCAAUACGCAGACUUCAUCGUUUUUGUUCAUCAUUCAAACGACAUGAAAACACAUGACCAACCCAACAGGUUUUGUCGUCUGUUGGGGGUGUUGUUGCGUGUUUUCAGUCUGGAGCGAUGCAAGCAAAGCACAAGCGCUUCACUACAAACUCGUUUACAGGAUGUAUGACUCUGGAUAAAUCAUACAUCGUUUCGCAACAAACAGUUAAGCAGAAAGAAAGGGAAGGAGUACACGCCGAAUCUGCAAACGCCGAUGUUUAUAAUAAGGAAGAACAAUUUCCGACAGUUUCAAUCGUCGAGACCACGGAGUUGUCGGGAGUAAGUUAAUGGAAGUGAUACGGAGAUUGCCCUGAUGCUGGGAUUUCUCGCGUUAACUCUCCUUUAAAUACAUGGACGCGAUGUUACCGGCCUCUGCCGUGGUCGUCUGGGAAUGGCUCAACGAGCACGGUCGUUGGCGGCCCUACAGCCCGGCUGUGUCUCAUCAUAUAGAGGAGGUGAUACGAAGCGAUCCCCGCGGCGGCAGCGUCGUCCUAGGCCGAGCCGACAACCGCCUGUCCCCGUACAUCCUCGAUCGACAGUCUAUGCAUCAGUUCAGACAAGAUACGGGUACAAUAAGACCAGUGCGGCGGAGUUUCUAUGACCCUACCUCAGCACCAGGCAAAGGUUUGAUAUGGGAGUGGGAAAAUGAUGCAGGUUCCUGGAUAGUGUAUGACAUGGAGGUGAGCAUCGCCUUUCAAGCGGCACAUGACCGGCAGCAACCCUCUUUGGACCUGACGUCGUUGGGCUUUUGCUACCUCGUGGACUUCCAGGCCAUGACCCAGUUUAACAUGCAAACGCAACGGAAGCGCCGCAUCCAGAGACGCUCUGACAUGGUUUAUCCAUUUGUCUAUGGGCCAUUGCCCAAAUCUUCAGAGGCUCGGAGUAUAACCGGAAGGACGAUGAGAGGAGUUUCAUCAGGUGGGGGGUCAACUGGGGCCCUUCUUGGGAUAGGUGUUUCUGGUUCUACCCUGAUCAGAAAAGGAAGUGUGGUUUACCCUAGCGGGACGCUUUCAGUAUCAUCUCUUGCUCUUCUUGGACAACCGUGUGCCUGCAAGCAGUGCAUGCUGGUAAUGAGGAUAAAGUCGAAUGCCACAGCGUCGCAGACAUUAGGACGCAAACCUCACGCGACAAAAGCAAACCAUCCUAAAUCCAGCUUUGGGACACUUCCAAAAAACUCAAAAUCUUUGUCUGUUUUAAACUCCCAUACCAUACCAGAUGGUUUGUCCUUUAGUUGUUCGCCUUCUGAAAAACCCAAGAACUCAAGUGAUUUUGCUCGUUCGCUAUCCCAUCUCACUUCGGACACUGCUGCUCUCAAAAUGUCAUCUAGCUGCUCAUCGCCUCCACCUUUAGCCCGUUCAACCAAACCGCAUCUUUCAUCUGCCCAAAACAUGUCUUCAGCAGCAGUGGUGCCAACCGCAAUGCUCGUCAAUGUGUCAUCAAGUACUACACCGUCCACAACUAUUUCAACAACAUUACCCCAACAACGGUCAGCUGCCUGUGCUGCCCCUUUGCCACCUCGUGCCAGUCUGGCAGGGCUUAGUCGGCCUGCUUUGCAGAGAAUCGCAAUGGCACAGUCACAAGCACUGGUCGCCUCUGGGGUACCGACAGUGCCAGUGAAAAACCUUAAUGACUCCAGUACUGUUCUUCCUGCUUUAGCUGGUAUUACUGGCAUUCUGAUGAGUGCAGCUGGACUACCUGUGUGCUUGACUCGCCCACCUAAAGUAGUUCUACAUCCCCCACCUGUCAGCAAGAGCGACAUCAAACCAAUUCCUGGCGUUGGACACGGUUGCCGCAAGACCACUAAGAAGCAAGCCCACAAAGGAAGAACGCCAGAGGAGGUGGUGAAGAAAUACUUGCAGAAGGUCAGGAAUCCACCAGAAGAAGAUUGCACUAUAUGCAUGGAAGCUCUGGGGGGACCAUCGGGAUAUAAGGGUCCGGGUGUGACGAGCGUUUCACGUACAGAGUCAAUAGGAAGACUGACACAGUGUGGGCAUGUGUAUCAUCUGCAGUGCCUGGUUGCCAUGUAUAACAAUGGCAACAAAGAUGGUAGCCUGCAGUGUCCCACGUGCAAGACAAUAUACGGAGUAAAAACGGGCAACCAGCCACCUGGUAAGAUGGAGUACCAUGUCAUCCCUCACUCGCUGCCAGGACACCCGGACUACAAAACCAUUCGCAUCAUCUACAACAUACCGUCCGGCAUACAGGGUCCAGGGCAUCCAGACCCAGGGAAGCCGUUCACUGCAAGAGGAUUUCCACGUCAUUGCUAUCUUCCAGAUAAUGAAAAAGGGCGCAAGGUGUUAAGGAUGUUGUUGGUGGCGUGGGAUCGAAGAAUAAUCUUCUCAGUUGGCACCUCUAGCACAACAGGAGAAUCAGACACUGUCAUCUGGAAUGAGAUCCAUCACAAAACAGAAUUUGGCUCCAAUCUUACUGGACAUGGCUAUCCAGACCCUGGCUAUCUUGACAACAUACUGGAGGAGUUGAAGGCCCAGGGCAUCACUGAAGAGGAGGAAAAACAACAGUGAGGAGGAGGCAAAAAAUAAAAACAAUGCGAUUCGGGAACUUGUGGAUGGUAGACGUUCUGGAUGCUGUUGAAAUGGGGGUGUUUUCUGCAUAGGAUUUGUAAAUAAGCUAGAAGAAAUCCUCAGUACUCCUUGCUUGUGUUUGAGUAGCAACUAAGAUAAUACUGUUUGGUUAAGGAUGAACAGGAAAUUUGUAAGUAUGAGAGGAAAGAAAGGAACCUGUGGGAGAAGGCAGAAUGGGAGGUGGAAGAGACUCGAGAGGUGGAAAAUGAGGGAUGUGAAGUGAUCAAGAAAGUUGUUUGCAAGGGACAGGUUUUAUUUGUUCAGUCAUGUUGUAGUAUGAGGUUGUUUGAGUUGAGUGAAACAAAUGCAAGCAUGGGUAUAUACACAAUAACCAAUAGGAUUUCUUUCCCCAAAGCAUUCCCAAGCUGUUCACUAGAACUGAGAGCUUUGCAUACUGAGUGUUGUGUUAUGAUUAGUAGUAUUAUGCAACAUUUUCCUGUGUAUCAAAUAUUAGGUUUUCAGAACUUUGAAUUUUAUCCACAAACGUACAAAAAUAUGAGUUCUCUGGAAGUAAACGUAGAAUAAUGAUUAUCUUGAUUUAAAGAUAACAGUUGAGUCAUUUAUGCUGGAUUACGGGGGAAAUAAUACAAGUAGAAAAAUAAGUGAUGCUGUUUAAAAUCUCCCAUAUAACGGUACAAAAACUAUUAGGUGCUUUAAGGAAUGAAGUGCUUCUGCGCUUAGAGGUUAAGGUACAUUUUUUACAAUGAAGCUGCAUUAACAGUGCUUUUGGACGGUCUAUCAUUGAAAUAGAUUGCACAGUUCUUAGUAAUACCUCAGCCUUUUUGUACAUAUAGCGAGUCCAGAAAUGGCAGGGCUUUAAAGUUAGAACAUUUUUGGAGGUUGCAAAACUGCUUAAUUUUCACAUUUCAGACAUUGUACAUAUUCUCAGCUUUUUAAAAGUAGAAAGUCCUCAUGCUAAAGAAUUAAAGUGAUAGUUCACCCAAAAAAUACAAAUUCUGUCAUCAUUUACUCACAUUCUUGUCAUUUCAAAGCUGUAUGACUUUCUUUCUCCCACAGAACACAAAAUAUGUUUUGAAGAAUGUAACUGGCCCCCAUUCACUUGCAUUGGUUUUGUGUCUAUAGAAUAGAAAUUAAUGGGGGCCAGUGCUGUUUGGUUACCAACAUCUUUUUGUGUUCUGCAGAAGAAAGUACGUCAUGAAGGUGAGUAAAUGAUGACAGAAUUUUAAUUUUGGGCCGAACUAUCACUGACGAAAAUGGUGGGAGAGCAAGCAUUUCAUAGAUGAAUACUAGUUUAAUAAUCCCCAAGGGACAGUGUAGCAAUAUUUUGCCAAAAUGAAUUCACUGCCAAUUCAUAUACUUACAGAAAAGAUUUUGCGUACAAAACAAAUGGUAUGAACAGCUCUCAACUCAGAUUACCAACUGUUUCUUUGUCCAGUUUCUGUUAGGUCAAUAAUUUACCUGUUUUACAAUUAGCCACUUCUAGUGAAUUCUAGAACAUGCCGUUGUUUGGCAUGCGUGUGUGUUUGUGUACAUGUGGAUGUUUGCGUUUGUGAGCUGUACGUUUCCAUUGGUGCAUUGUUGUAUUCAUUUCUAUGUAAGUCGAGUGCCAUGCUGUCAGAAGUGUACUUCUCCACCCUUAAACUACGUCAUUGGGAGCUUUCUCCUGCUUCAGAAAUGUAUAGUCAUGCGUAUGCAUGCAGUUGUGCUUUAUUAAAUAUGAGUGUAUGCUAUGCAUCCACCAGCCAGAGUUGAGGUACAGUUUGUUACUGAUCUGCAUAAUUUUCUUAGUUUUUUGUAUUUCUUUUUAUAUUGAUUUUUAAAAAUAUAUUUUCUUAGCUAACUAAUUAUGUUUAUUAUUUAGAAUUUUUAUGCAUAAAUAAAUGUAUGUCUAAACUGUUUUUAGUUUAUUUUUGUGUACCAAUAUAAUAAAUGCUAUUUUUGUUUUUAUGAUUUUUUUAAAUGGCUCUAAAGACGGGCUUUAAGGUUUCUUUUCAAACGUCAUUAUAUAAAAUGUCCUAAUCUGAUACCCAGCAACCUCUGUUUUGUAAGACCUGGUUUAAAAUCUUAUCAGGCCAUGCUGAGGAGCUAUGAGUUAAAAUAAAUUGAUAUUGGAAAAUCAAAAUGCCUACAUAAAUUAUUAAAAAAUGAAAAA